ACGAAUGGGUGCCCUCGAUCACAUCUCGGAGCUCUUUGACUGUUCCAGUGGCAGUUCCAAGCUGAAGAAGCGCAAGCAGUUGCAGACGGUGGAGGUCAAAGUGAAGAUGGACUGCGAAGGAUGCGAGAGGAAGGUCAGGAAGGCGGUCGAGGGGAUGAAAGGGGUCAACCAAGUCGAAGUGGAGCGCAAGGCCAACAAAGUCACCGUUGUCGGCUACGUCGAACCCUCUAAGGUCGUCGCUCGCAUCGCUCACCGCACCGGAAAGAAAGCAGAGCUGUGGCCCUAUGUCCCCUACGACGUCGUUGCUCACCCCUACGCACCCGGAGUUUACGACAGGAAAGCCCCCUCCGGUUGUGUCCGAAACACCGACGACUCUCAGUAUUCUCAUCUCGCUCGUGCCAGCUCCACUGAGGUCCGCUACACCACCGCUUUCAGUGACGAGAACCCCUCUGCCUGUGUCGUUAUGUGACUUUUAAAUCUUCGCUUUCCUUUUUCUGUUCCAAUUGUAAUGUAUAUUCCCAACUCCUACUCACUCUGCUCGGGAAUCAAUCAAUCAAUGCCUUUCGCUGCCUAUUGUAAUUGUAAUGUUAUCUUCAUUUUAAAUUACUUUUGGUUUUUAGAAUC